UAUAAACUACCCGUCAACCCUGACGUUGGGUUCAUUCGCUGAACUUAGCUUUUCCUCUCCUAACGUUUGCAUGACGCCUGUCAGCGGUCAGUGAGUGUGGAGCACGGGCUGUUGCAGCAGGUGCCUAGUGAUAUUGUGGAAAACGGCCCGACCAGGGGGGGAAAGGAAACGUAACUAACCUAUGGGAAGUUUUCUGUGGUGCUAACCGUUGUACGAAAAUCAGCGAAGAAUAACAAACAAAAAAUGAAAACAUUCCACAUAUGUGAUCACAGUGAACGAAAGUGAUUAAAAAUCAUCGACUUUCGACGUUGAUCGAAGUAAAAAAAGAAAGAGCGACGAGGAGCAACAGUCAAGUGUGUAACGAGAUUACAAAACUCGAUCAGAAUAGAAAAGUGAGGGUGAUAGCAACACUACUUCUCUCCAAAGCCAAAGUGAAAUCGUUUGCUGCGUGAAGUGAUAUUCCAUCUUUAUUAACAGCCUUACAAUGGGAGCCGACUCGCAGACGAAAACGAUUUUGUGCGCAAAAACGCCCGAACUGAUCGAGACGGCAAUCGCCGACCGAAAGCCAGAACAAUCACAGACUGAUCCGCACCAUCGUGCACCGACGGCCGAAAGCCUUGCCGCGGAGCUGUCCCAAUCAGACUCAACCCUUUCCGGGGUCCAGUUUGAGAAGGCGCUGCAAACCUGCAGCAACGUGGUGCACGAAGCCGAGGUAGACCGGAAGCUGAAGGAGAUCGGAGCCGCCACGCCCAUCCUGCCGUCGGAGAUCGGGACGGAUUUUAACUUCAAGCGGGAAAUCGUUUGGAAAAAUGUGGUCGGCUUUCUGCUGCUUCACAUCUGCGGCUGGGUUGGAUUACAUCUGGCUUUCUGGCGAUACUGUGACUAUCGUACGACACUAUACACACUUUGGCUGAUGUACGCCUCUGGACAGGGUGUCACGAUGGGUGCACAUCGACUCUGGUCUCACCGGGCGUUCAAGGCGAAGCUCUGGCUGAGGAUCAUCCUGCUGUGGAUGCAUACACUGGCCGGACAGAACUGCCUGUACGUGUGGGUUCGUGACCACCGACAGCACCACAAGUUCUCGGACACGGACGCCGAUCCGCACAACGCAAACCGUGGAUUCUUUUUCUCGCACAUUGGAUGGCUUCUCUCUAAGAAACACCCGAAGGUGAUUGAGUACGGCAAGAAGAUCGACAUGUCCGAUUUAGAAGCCGAUCCGCUGAUCAUGUUCCAAAAGGACCAUUACAAACUUCUGUACACAAUUUUUGCACUCUUCGGCCCCACGGCCAUUCCGGUUUACUUCUGGGGAGAAAACCCGUGGUACGCACUAUUCGUGGCGUUCUUCUUCCGCACUGUACUUAGCCUAAACGCGACAUGGUCCGUGAACAGUGCAGCACACAUGUUUGGAACUCGUCCUUACGACAAGACCAUGUGGCCGGUGGAGAACAUGUUUGUAUCAUUCGUCGCUGUUGGUGAGGGCUGGCACAACUACCACCAUGCCUUCCCGUGGGAUUAUCGUGCAUCAGAGUACGGAACGCCGCUCAAUCUUACCGGUACGCUUAUUGAUCUGUUGGCAAAGUUUGGCGCAGUGUACGAUCGUAAAACGGCUACACCGAACAUGGUUAAAAACCGUGUGAUGCGUACUGGAGACAAGUCCCACCAUACCUACGGUACCGAUGAAGGCCGUAGUGCGUUUACGACGCUGUGGAACAUCUGGAAGCAUCCGUCCAAUCCGACCUACAACUCGAUCUACACGCCCAAACCGAAGAUACUGCAAUCGGAUGGAUACGCGCUCAUUCCGGACGAACUGAAGCAGUCCGAACGGGACGAGGAUAUAUUGUCGAAGGAGAACGAGGAACUGAUGCGGCGCCAGAAAGAGGAAGAAAACCGCACCACGGAAGCUAACCAAAUUUACAACAAGCUGUCAAAAUACAUCAAGGAGCAACAGCAAUCGGUUCCGGAAUCGGUCGAUGAGCUAUUACUACAGCAGUCCAACAACAAUGUCGAUAAAACGGGGCACCCAAUGCAGGGCAAGGCGGCACUCAACGUGGUCGACUGUAAUGAUAAUGCGCUCGUGAAGCGGAAAGUGACCGUUGAUGCUGCAUCGUCCACUACAAGCCACUAGCAGAAAACGACAACCGGAGGACAAUUACCGUUAGUCAUGAUUUCGUUCGCUUUAGUCGCCCAAAACGAGCAUGCAUCGGUUCGAUCUCUACACGCAUUGAAGCACUCGCCAUCCAUUGCUGAUCGUGCCCGGGGAGCCGAUGCUGCUCGUUCGGCAACAAAUAUUUUUAAACACCACAAACGCACACGUGGAGUCUGUAAGGCAGGCAAUUCUUUAAGAGAUGCUCAAUGGAUACCAAAUGUACAGUGGACGCUCUCGGACCAUUGCUACCUUUGCCUACCUCAAUGUCAAAGGGCAACCAAUUGCCGAUACUUGUACUGGCUCUGCUAUUUACAUAUAUACACAGGAAACAAAAGUUGAAAAGUUGUGAAGUUUUGUACUGGCUCAUCAAACAUUGAAAUCGUACGCGAUAGUUAUCGAUAGUAAUCACCAUACUUUAUCCUGAAAGUGUUUAUGUUUUAGUAUGAAGAGUUUAAGUCUCCCUCACGAAUCAUAGCAGUAGCCGAUAUCAACGCUGUGCAUCCCUUUCUAAGAUACCUUACAAUGAUAACGUUGUUUUAUGAUAUUGCGUUUCACUAUCUUUACCGUAAGCUAAGUAACACCGACUAAGAGAAGAACAUAUGUGCGGAAUUUAAGUCGCAAAGUUCUUAACCUGUACAGGGAGACAUCUCUUGUACAGAUGUUUGAGGGGAUUCUACUCUUUCUUUUUGGGGUGGGGUAUACAAAGAAACUGAAAAUAAAAAAUAAAUAUAAAAAAAA